UCGAACUGGGGUGCGGGGUUCGAAGUGCAGUGUAGCGCUAACCACUACACUGCCGUUCCCCUCAACACACAACACACACACAGGCACACGAGUGUAUAUGUACGUAUUUGCAUUCAUAAUUACACAAAUAACAGACAACAGGCGGAUUUUCACCGUUUUGUGAGAGAAAGGAAAAAUACAUGCCAUUCAAGAUUAUCCCGAGCGACUGUGCGAAUCAAUGUGACUGCAUGAGAUACACCUAAUGCUAACUUCAAUCCGCCGGUUAAUUCAUACAGUCUAUUAACUCAUUUAGCAACACCUGCUAAAUCCAUUGUUGCUUUGAAGAACCCACCCAUUUCCCCCAAACGGAGAAUAACUCUGAUCAAUCAUUGCACAGCUCCCCCUUGCACAGCAAAUGACAAAGGAAUAUGACCAUCAAGCCCCACUUGUGUGUGACGAUUGUGCGUGGAGCGGUGGCUGGAGCGGUUAGCGCACUGCGCUCCGAAGUCUAACAGCCGGAGUUCGAUUCCCGCUCAUGGUCAACAUCAAUGGUGAAUAUCAAAUGUGGUCCUGAGGCUCCCCUAGGUCUAUUCAGCCGUAAAUAAGUUGUGCAUGUGCAAACAUCGCCAUUGGGGAUGCAACGGUUGGUGAGGCGUGGUGCUGAUCACACCACCCCGUCAUGUGCUAUGAUGCCCUUCAUAGGGGGUUGCUAACAGGACUUUCCACAAUAGUCUGUUAAGGCUAUAGGGGGGAUCUGUAUCUUUGUGUAUUUGUGUGUGCACAGUCGUUGGCACUCUGUGCUACGAACCCAGUGACCUGAGUUUAGUUGCUGACCACUGCUUACCGCACUGGUGAGUGAUAUCCGAAUCGGUCCUGGGCCCCUCCUAGGUGCACUAGUGCUGGCCACACCACCCUCUCAUUCACCGGAGACAUCUUGAUAGAUGCUCACUUACAACACUUGUCCCAACACUAGCUGCACAGAAGAUGUGCUCAUGAAUUACUUGUUGGUGACCUGGAUUUGGUUUCUGGCCAUGGAUAACAUCAUUGGAAGGUGGUAUAUUAACCGGUCACUGGGCCUCCUUUGGUUAGUUUGGGGCGCCGUGGUGGCGAGAUCGUAACUUAUUUGAAAUUUGCAUGUCUCUCUCCCUGUGGUCGCGUGGAUUUAUUUCCGGGCCCUCCGGGUUUCCCCUCCACAUUUAGCAUCAACAUUCACGCGUUUAGAGUACUCGGCCGCUGUACAUUUCCAGUUGAUGAGUCGCCUUGUCAAGCUAUCAUCUAAAAAAGAGCUCGAGAGCUGGGCCUUACCCAAUCAUAUAAAAUAUACGUUACAGGCUUAAACAAGUACCUGGUGCAUGUACAACAUCAGCGCUGGGGAGACAAAGGCAGGUGGGUGUGAUAUUUGCCCCGGCCCACCUUAUUAUGCACUGUGCAGGCAUUCAUAAGCUGCUCAUUAAUAGCACUUGCACCAGCAGUCUGUCAGGCUAGGUGAUUUAAUCUGUUUAUUUGCCUGGCCUUCUGAGACGAAUGCCUGGAGAAUAAAAUGUUGGGUGGGUUUCUCAAAAAUCUAUGGGCCUGUAUCUUGCCUGGGACUCUCAGAAUGAAGUGUUUUGCCUGAGACCGCUGCUAAUGAUUCAGGGACACGAAGGAAUGCUCGUCUAAAUUCACUGCGCACACGGGUGCACACCUCCCUGAUGUGCUUUCACGGUGUGCCGCGUGGUGUUUGGCUUGAUGUCCGACGUUUCGCUGCAUGUGCUGGAAGCUCUUUCAGCAGCUGCAGGAUCUCCCAGCAGGUGGAGUGACAUGUCGGACAUCAUGCCGAAUGACACGCGGCACAACCAUUGGAGCCCAUCGGAGAGCUACGCAGCACAACCUCCAGCGUAGUUUGUCAAUCUGAUUUGCCUCCCAUCCCGUGGAGAGCGUCUCCCAGACGACUACACUAUGAUCUUGACCGGGUACGGCAUGGACAGUGCGACGGGCGUGCCUCCUGCCCUGAAGCAGGCGCGGAUGAAGCACAUCUCGCUGGAUCGCUGCCUCGGUUUGCUCGGUUCAAACGUCCGCGCCAACGGGGGACACAUCUGCGCCGGCUACAUGGAGGGGGGAGCAGACGCAUGCAACGGUGACUCGGGGGGACCUCUGGUGGCGCCCCGUGGCGACAAGUGGGCCCUGUUCGGCCUGGUGAGCUGGGGCAUGGCGUGCGGCACGGCUCCGGGCGUCUACACCGAGAUCUCGCACUACACCGACUGGAUCCGAGAGAAGAUGGGCAGCGACUGGAACGAUGCUGUCCUCUGCAACCCUUGGCUUGGCCUCUGAGCAGGCUGGGCGAGACGGGACGGCGCCAUCCAGGAUGAUCACUCCGCAACGACAUCAAUAAUCUCUCAUCGUGGAUGGAAGCAAUACAGUUGUGUGGUGUCCAGGCCACGGAUUGUUUUCUUUCGCACGUUUUGUGCCGUGUCAUGUCGCGCUAAAUGAGCAAUUGGUAAUGGUUUCGUUCAGUGUGCUGGCUCUUGUGCAGGCCUGCCCGUGUCUGAUCAGUGGCUAUUAUGCAAAAGUGAAACGCGCCACUUUCUUUUCUUGUCUGAGUUAUACGGUGGCAAAUACUGCGCGUAAAAUAAUGUUUUUUGAAAAAAAUUCGGGAAGACCAAAAUUCUUUAUGAGUUACCUGCUGUGUGGUGAGUCUAGGCUGAUGCAUUGUCAAAGUUGGCUGGCUUAACCCUGAAGCAAUAACACAUGUUUUUUGUAGCCUCUGUCUUUGUCUAUUGAGAUGUGCAUUACCACAAACUGCAUUAUCUGCAAUUGUAGCUAUUCCAUGCGUUGUUUUUGGAUUGUACUGAGCGCUGUUUGGUACAAUGUCCGACGUUUUCGCUUAUUCGGGAACUGCAUUCAUUUUCUGAAUUUAGUUCUUGAAUUCAUAAGCUCCCAGCAUGUGGAGCGAAACGUCAAACCUCGUGCUGAACACACAUGGUGCCAUCUGACAAACACAUCUGAGAGCUAAAACUGCGAAAAUGUACACAGUUGUAUGUGCAAUUGUUGACAACUGCAAAGCCAAACUUAUCGUAAUUGUCCUUUCUAUUUCAAAACAAUCGUCCGCAUUAAUUAUCAAAGCUUCAACUGUGCUUCAAGUUAGAUAUAUAAUGAGUGUUUUCUUUUUUUAAUAGUGGGGUGAUUAAGGCUUUAAAAUAAAUAAUUUAUCUCUUAACAGCAGCUGCAGGGCAUGUCCUUCCAGAGCAUGGAGGCAUUAAACCAUGCUGUUUAUUGUUGCAUGUUCAACAUUUGAAGAGUGUGAGAUAGGGUUUUUCAGAGAGUACACCCAAAAGUCCAACCGACAUUUGGAGCAAAAACAAGAUCCUUUCAGUAAUGCCCUUCUGUCGUAAAACAAAUAACAAAUGUAAAAAAGAAAACCCUACGUUAAAAUAUCAGCUUAAGAAAGAAAAUCGGCCAAUAUUUAGGAACCUGCCCCAAAUGGACACCUAAUGUGCAACAUUAAAACAUCAGGAAUGAUGGAAUUAAAUCACGAUGAUGAAUUUUGCAGUGUUUUUUUUCUUUCUCCUGUGCAUGCUUUGUCACACAGGCACACGGUAUCAGUGGCGUACAUCACAGUGUAGAUAAUGGGCCUUGCAGCUAUUUGUGCUCAUUAAAUGAAACCCUCAUCAAAUUAGACGCGAAACAAAAUAACGCGACCAAGAAAAUGCAACCCUUAUCGAAAUCUUGCGGGACACAGCGUGACGGGAUGUGCUUUUAAAAUGUGCAUUUUCCUGGAUCGCUGCCAUUUUUUUUCAAAGCCUGUGGAUCUCGCUCAUUAAAAUUUAAUAUCCUCAUCCUUGCAACAAAAAAAAUAAAAAGCGGUCUGGUCCCUAUA